AAAGUUUGAUCAUCAAUCAUCAUGAGUAGCUUUAGUGAAGAACAAGAAGCUUUGGUAGUUAAAUCAUGGGGGUCUAUGAAGAAGGAUGCUGGUGAAUGGGGUCUCAAAUUCUUUCUCAAGAUAUUUGAAAUAGCACCAUCGGCAAAAAAGAUGUUCUCAUUCCUCAAAGAUUCAAAUGUGCCAUUGGAUCAAAAUCCUAAGCUCAAAGUUCAUGCUAAAUCUAUCCUUGUCAUGACUUGUGAAGCAGCAGUUCAACUUAGAAAAGCUGGAAAGGUUGUGGUGAGGGAUUCCACUCUAAAAAAAAUAGGUGCUACACAUUUCAAGUAUGGUGUGGCUGAUGAGCAUUUUGAGGUAACAAAAUAUGCCUUGUUGGAGACAAUAAAAGAAGCAAGUCCAGAAAUGUGGAGUGUUGACAUGAAGAAUGCAUGGGGAGAGGCCUAUGAUCAAUUGGUUAGUGCUAUCAAGACUGAGAUGAAGUAGCUAACCUUCAAAAUCCAAUAAAAUAAAUAAAUUUACAUCCUCUUGUAUAACAACAACAAUAACAUUAGUCUCGUAAAUGGGGUCUGAAAUCGAGAAUAUAAUGUAUGCAUAUCUUAUUUCUAUUUUUUAUGGAGUAGAAGGACUGAUUCCGAUGGACUAUCGGCUC